AAGAAGAAGAAGAAGAAGAAGAAGAAGAAGAAGAAAAAAACAGAGGAAGAAAAAAACAAUUCUUAAAAAAGAAGACAGAGAAGAAGAAAAAGAAAAACAACACAAAGAAGAAAAAAGAAUAAAGAAUAAGACUUCGGAAGCUUCGGAAAAGCUUAAGACAGCAACAAACACAGGAAGAACAAGGAUCAGCACAAGAACCCUCCAUCAUCCCUCCUCCUCAUCAUUUUCUCCUCAUCAUCUCCUCAUUUAUAAAAACUAACUAAGAUAAAAGAGAAGUAAGAGCAUUAUAAAUAAGAGAAAUAGAGAUAGAGAGAUAGACAGGAAGACAGGGUUACAGGAGGGUAAAGAAAAAGAAGGACAGAUAGAAGUGUGAGAGUGUCCUGUAGUCCUCUGGUGUGGAGCUCUCCUGUUGCUGCUAUGAGUUCGCUGGUGCUCUUCUUCUCAGUACUCCUGGUGUCUCUGAGUGGCUGCAGAUGCGCCGUCAUCACUGGGGCAUGUGACAGAGAUGUUCAGUGUGGUGUGGGGCUGUGCUGUGCGGUGAGUCUGUGGCUGAGGGGUCUGAGGAUGUGCACGCCACAGGGGCUGGAGGGAGACGAGUGCCACCCCUUCAGUCAUAAGGUGCCUUUCCCCGGGAAGAGACAGCACCACACCUGCCCCUGCCUGCCUCAUCUAGUGUGCACCAGAUACGCUGACAGCAGAUACCGGUGCACCAACGACUUCAAAAACAUUGACUUUUAACUGCAUAUGAGAGAGACAGAGAGAGAGAGAGAGAGAGAGAGAGAGAAAUGGAGGACAGAAGACUACUAAAGAAGGACAAGAAUAAGUGCCACCGCUCCAGACUUUUGGUUUUAUCGUUCAUGCAGUUUGCACUAAACACACUGUUAUCACCCGUCUCCUGAACGCAGCACACCGGCCCUCAUGUUGUGACGUUUGGCUCAGAAAUGCAAAGUCACAGUUGGUUUACUUUGGCCCUCAGUGUAUUUAAACUUGAUAGGUCACUUAGUCAAUCAUGUGCUCUGAAACACGCAGCCAUACCUGAUGACAUCCAGAAUAUAUUAAACAUACAGUAUUAUAAUAUUUCCAAAUAAAUCUAUUGCUCCAUA